GCCCAUCCGCGAACAUACUGUGAUCAUGUAGGCUGUGCAAUUAUUUCAUUUUUCAUCCCCGAGUUCGGGAGCUACCUGUGCGGCCAGCGCGUUGUCGCUUUAUCGCGGCCGCGGUUACAAUCAUGCGCCUCGGAGGGACGUACGGCGGCCGCGCGGGGUCAAAAGCGCGUCGCUGCCCGUGCGGAGGGGCUGCCGUAGUAAUGGAGGGGGUCACAGUCGGCCAGGUAUUUGACGCGGAAUGCAUCCUCAGCAAACGGCCGAGAAAGGGGAAGUUUGAAUAUCUGGUGAAGUGGAGGGGGUGGUCGUCUAAGCACAACAGUUGGGAGCCAGAAGAAAACAUUUUGGACCCGAGGUUACUGGCAGCGUUUCACAAAAGGGAACAAGAGCGGGAGCUUCUGUUCCAGAAGAAAGGAAAGAGGCCCAGAGGACGUCCACGAAAGAUUCUGGUGAUUCUACCUGAGCCCAGCCCGCCAUAAAAAACGCACCUCUGCUCCUCGUCGUCCUCUUCCUCCGGCCUCUCGUCGUCGGCCUCCUCCUCUUCCUCAGAAGAUGAAGAUGAAGACACGAAGAAGGUGAAGCCUGGCCCUCGUGUCCACCCCGCCCCCCAGAAGAGGCCCCAGAUCAUGCUGGCCAAACCCGAUCCCCCCCGCAAGAAGAAGCGUGGGAGGAAGCCGCUCCACCCCGACCUGAGAGCUUUAAGACAGGCGAAGAGCAGACCUCCUCCUCCUCCUCCUCCUCUUCCUGCCCCUCCGCGCCACCACCAGGCGCUCAGACCGCCCAGAGACGAGCCGCGGCCUGGGGUGAAGAAGCCUCUGCAGCCAGCCAGCUUCACCUACACCGGGCUGAGCAGGACCUCCAGAGAAGAGGCCGCAUCCGCCUCCCAGACCCCCAACAGCUCCUUCUCCCAGAUGGCCGCCUCCAAAUCCGGAUCCCUCAGCUGCAUUUGGACCAACCGCUCUCUGUCCACCUCCUCUCCAUCUUCCGGUUCCUCUUCCUCCCACAACAAAGCCAGUCCUUCACCACAAAGUAAGAACUCUGUGUCCGAGCUGAAGCGCUCCUUGUCAGAAUCGGGCAGCAGAGGAGACGGGUUCAAAGUGUCUCCUCUGAAACAAAGUGGCGGUUCGGGGUCACUGGGUCUGCACAGCAGCUUCGGGGGAGGACAGGCGGCGGCCCAGCGCUCCCAGCUGGGCCAGAGGAGGCAGGAGGGCAUUGGAGGCCAGAGCGGCUUGGCUCAACACAAGCAGCAGAGCUCCGGCCUUUCCAAGCCGUCGUCACUGUCCUCGCCCUCGCCUCGAGACCGAGCCAACCAGGCGCUGAGCCUCCGAGCCCUCAACCUGCAGAGCGUCAGCAAGCUGCCGGCCGACAGCGGCCUUCAGGGAAACAACUCAAGCGGCGCUGUAGCCGCGGCGUCGAGGUCGAGCUUAAGGAGCGGCGGCGGCAUCGUGGUGAAAGGAGGAGUGGGGAGUUUCAAAGAGACUCGAACAUCAGCUGGAGGACAGCGCUCCGGUCUGACCGCAGGCGGCGCGGCAGAGCAGGGCAGGGGGAAGGAGAUGCUGGCGGGAGGCAGCUCCGGCCGAGGGAACAGCGGCGGGAGGCAGGAGGAGAGGAAACACGGGCUGAACCCCCAGAACCGGAGCCUGAACGAGCUCAGCACCGGAGACUCUGACGAGACAAGCAGCAGCGAAUCGGAGCCCGAGGCCGCCCUGUAUCCCAACAACAGCCGGCCCAGCCUCGGCAACAACGCCACCGAGUCGGACACGGAAACAGACUGGCGGCCGACCCGGAACCUUCUGGAGCACGUGUUCGUCACCGACGUCACGGCCAACUUCAUCACGGUGACGGUGAAGGAGUCUCCGACCAGCGUGGGAUUCUUCAAUUCACGGAAUCACUGAGGGACGUCUCUGAUGAUGCCUCGGUCCGCAGGGCUAAGCUGGACCCGACCCUCUUCCAACACUCUUCCUACAACAGCUCUCAGGGUUCCUACACCACUCUGGAAGUUUAUCUACCCACAACUCAGUCCUUCACAGAUCUUUUUACACUCAGAAAUGCACAAAGUGUUUGGGAAGAACAUUGUGCUGUCCAAACAGACGAGACAGUUUCUGUGGUUUCAAUAAUCCGGUGACGUUACGUCGCAGAAGUUGCAGAAAGACGCGAAACACGGCGGGGAGCUCACACUGAAUAUGGAAUUCCUUUGGUCAAGUAUUUGUUGCAACAUGGUAGGAACCCUGAUGUUUAGACCCCGUUUACACCCGAUAGUAAAAUGCAGUCUGUGUCUGCAGAAGGAAAACUAAGAAUUCAAGGUGUGAAGGCUCAGAGCGGUGGAUUUGGAUCACUGUCAAAAAUCAGCCCGUUGGAAAGUUUCCCAUUCAUUCACUGCAAAAACCGUCCUAGUAAAAGUCCCAAGAGUCGACCUAAUCCACCUCGAACCACCGAGUCUGCAACAUUAAAUCGUUUCCUCUCGCUCGCUUUUGACAACAAAAUCCAACCACCGUACUUGCAACCCACGCACAAGCAUGCGAGAGCCCUGCAGGACUCUCAAAAUCAUCUGCAGUUUGCAAACGAAAAUCAUAUCUGAAACGUGACGUGAAACAACGCCCCGAUUUCAGGCCGGAGCCGGCACUCACGCGGUGCACAGGGAAAGGCAACCUGACGUAGGAUAAAGUGUCAACGUAGCAGCCGAAAACAGCCACGGGUUAGAGAACGCCACGCACUGCCGGUCGGGCCGGAAGCUCUUCAAAAAGAGCUCACUCUGGCUCCGUGAAGGUGGACAAAAACCAGCCCAGGACUUAGGAGAAGUUCUGGUUCGGGUGUUAUUUUGGUAGAUUUGUCUAGAGCUGCAACCAUUUGUCGUUCAGUAGGUCGACAGAAUAUUAAUUAUUUUUUAUAAUCGACUAAAUGUUUAAGUUAUUCUUUAAGUAAAAAUGCCAAAAACUCUCUGGUUUCGGUUUCUCCAUUGUCUCCGUUUUCAGUUUUUGGUUGUUGAUCGGGGACUGCGAUGGACAUUUUUAACCGUUUGCUGACAAACAAUUAAUCAAGAAGAAAAUUGGUAGAUUAAUUCAUUAAAAUAAGUUAGUUGCGGCCCUAGUUUUUUACCUUUUUAUACCUAUGAGAAAUCAAAAUCUAACUUACAAAAUAAGACCCAGGUUAUGAGAUGGAAUCUUCCUGAAAUCUUGGAUAAAUAUUAAAGUAAAAACUUCCGGUUUCAUGCAUAUUUAUAUACAUAUAUGAUAUGACUGUGAUGUUUCUCAAACCUUACCUAGAAAUAAGGUUUUAAAAUAUCUGCCGCUUCAAUAUAUAACUGAGCUGAAUGUCAUUUGUUCGUGUUGGAGCAUUUACAACAACCGAUAACUGAAAACGAGUCAGAUCUCACAGAGGAUAGUCGGGUGGAGUUAAAUUGUGACGUUUUUGAAUGGAGUUUGGUUCGACAAGGGUUCCUUCUUGCGCCCGAGUGUAGCUUGACAAAUUAAUCUUUAGUAAAGGCCCACUUGCUUGAUUUUUUAUUUCAACUGCAUCUCAUGGUCUUCAUCAGCGGAUAGGGUUUGCUCAGUUGUCACCAUGUGAACGGAGCUUUUUCAUGCGUGCUGUCACGUCUAAUGAUGAAGACCAUUAGAGGCAGUUGAAAGCCCUGGAAAAGGCUAAUAGGUGGACCUUGAUUAAAGAGUGUAGUGUCGUGUCACGUUGUUUUACCGUCCCAAUAAAAACUGUGGCGUGGGCUGUGAUUUUUGUUCAGAUUCUCAACAGUAAUGAAUCGAUCGAUCGGUUGUUUGAUUGGUCCUUAACACUACGGUUGUUUCUGUCAGUUUGCAGACUGCCUCGUAUUAGAAAGUGUAAAACGGGGUUGAAAACUACAGAUGGAUGUACGACACCACCUCUCCAGUGCCUCAGGUUCUCCUCACAGCAGGACGGUCAGACUAUCAGGCCCACUGCCACCCUUCAGCUGCUUGUGACGAUUAGUUCGAGUAGGACGUUUGUGCUUGUCGGACCUGUAUCCAAACUAAGUGUGUGGCUUUAUCCAGGGCAGCAUGUUUUAAAAAAAAAAAAAAAAAUUCCCCCCAAAAAAAUAGAAGUGACGUCUGUCUGUGAUCCACAAACUUUCAUCCAUAAGCAAAUCCCAUCUGGGUUUUUCUAGUCGUCUUUCAGUUCUCCUUGGACCAAAGGUGUUACAAAUGUGAAUUAUCUUGUCGUUGGUUUUUUUAUUAUUGACAGUAUUCCUUGCACUACACACAGUAUAAAUGUAAGCUGGUUUCUUCUCAUCAUCUCAGAGACAUUCCAUCAUCACUAUAUUUCCAAUUUUAUACAACUUUAAUACAUUUGCUGUCACAGUGUCUUUUGGAGUUGAAAAUUGUGUUAAUUUAUAUUUGUAAAUAUGUUUUUUUUGUUUUGUUUUUUUUUCAUGUGAUAUCUGAUAAUAUCUGGUGCUCAUAUUGGCUUACUAGCUUCAGAUACUUGUAGCCUGUGUGCCUCUCUGCCAUUUUGAAGGUAUUUGAAAUAAACCCUAAGUACCUAAGGGAUAAAAAUGUCCCUGUGUGGAUUCACAUUGCGGCUGCUGUUCACGUCAUCACCAGCAGGUGUCGCUGCAGGGCAGCGAAUGAAGCUUCUGUAUUGACUCGACUGCUGUCACUGUAUUUUUAUCUAAGCAGGGAGUGUCUCGAGAUACAUUCACAUACUGACAGUACACAACGAGAGCGCGUGCACCCAUGGUCAGCAGCAUUGGAAUGUUAAGUAAUUAUAAAUCUGUCCAUCUAAAACAGUUUUACUUGUUUUUAGCCAAAGUCCAAAAAGAAUGAAACCAAUUAAUUAGAAAAACUGAAAGGUUUGACCAAUUAAACUAUAAAUUAAAGGUCAGAGUUUAAAAACCAGCUGCAACAAAAGUGAUUUCACCCUUCAUUAGUGAGAUCCCAUUCGUUUAUAUUCUAAAUAAUUGUAUGUCGGCCUUUACUUUUGAUGGCAGAUUGGAUCCUCCUGGACGUGGAUGACGCCAGUCCACCACAGAUCUGUGGAGAGAUGUUCUGCUUCUUCACAGAUGAGUCUCUUCAGCUGCUCUUUGCUGGACGGGCUUUGUUGAUUUAAAAAUACUCCACAGGUUUUUCUGUUGGAUCCAAGUCAGUUUUACUUCUUUAAAACUCUUGUGUGAUUGUUGCAGUGAGCUUGGGAUCCUCGUCCUGUUGGACAGUUCCUGUCCUGCCGAGCUUCUUCAGACUGGGAGUCGUCUUUUCACUCGGUGUUCAGUAAACCAUCUGUAAAUGUCGUCUCCCCGACGCCACCUGCUCUCACACAGCCCCGUAUCAGCACCGCCGUGUUUCACGGUCGGCACUGUGCGGUCACUGCGUUGGUCCCGACCAGGUCCACGCCAAACCUGCCGGACUCCAUCCGAUCCGAACACGUUUCUUUUGGUUUCUUUUCAUGUUUUUUGGCAAAGUUU